AGAAGCUCGGCUCGUGCUCAGUUAUGUCGAGUUUGUGCCAGAGCCGCGAGACAAUUGCACCAGCGGUCGUUUAAGGCACGUUGUAGUCGGCGUCGGACAGCAGCGCUGGGGAGUACUUUCAGGAAGUGGCUUACUGCCGUGCUUUGAGUGACAGCCCAACAAAACGGGACGGUGUUGUGUCGAGAAGCGCACCCCUGCCAUGAAAAGCGCCCCCGUCGAAGGAAGCGCAUUAGAAGGCAGAUAGGCAGCCCGCAAAGCCGAGCCGACACUCAAGAUGGCAGGUCUAUCUUUAUACUUUGAAGAUGGCCAUGAUGAUCUGGACGAUUUUGGAUUUGAUGAUUAUGCUACAGAUUGUGACGGCAUCCGGAUCACAGCGUUCCUCGAUGCCGGGCAAGACAACCUAACCCCUCUGGGAAGGCUAGAGAAGUACGCCUUCAGCGACAACACGUUCAACAGGCAGAUCGUGGCUCGCGGCCUGCUUGAUGUGCUCCGAGAGUUCAGUGACAAUGAAAAUGACUUUAUCAGUGUCAUGGAGACAGUUGCCAGAAUGUCGGAAGACGGAGAGCCCACCGUGCGAUCGGAACUGAUGGAGCAGGUCCCUAAUAUCGCCAUGUUUUUGCACGAGAGUCGGCCCAAUUUCCCCGCCGCCUUCUCAAGAUACCUGGUCCCCAUCGUGGUCCGGUAUCUUACAGACCCCAAUAACCAGGUGCGGAAGACGAGUCAGGCAGCACUACUGGUUCUGCUGGAGCAGGGCCUCAUCUCUAAAGCCGACAUGGAGACCAAAGUUUGUCCCGUUCUGCUCGACCUGACAGAACCCAGCAGCGACGACGACUACAAAAUUGAGGCAGUUGCUAUCAUGUGUAAAGUCGUCACCAUGUUGAGCAAAGACACAGUGGAGCAUCUGUUGCUGCCGCGCUUCUGCGACCUGUGCAGCGAUGCCAGACUCUUCCAAGUGCGUAAGGUGUGUGCAGGUAACUUUGGGGAGUUUUGCACCAUCGUUGGCCAGGAAGCCACAGAAAAGCAUCUGAUGCCCAAGUUUUUCAACCUGUGCUCAGACAGCCUUUGGGGGAUCAGGAAAGCUUGCGCUGAGUGCUUCAUGACGGUCUCCAAUUCCACCUCUCCGGAGGUGCGACGCUCAAAACUGUCCCCCCUGUUCAUCAACCUCAUCAGUGACCAGUCCCGCUGGGUGAGACAGGCUGCCUUUCAGUCUCUGGGGAGAUUCAUCUCCACCUUUGCCAACCCUUCCAGCACAGGCCUUCAUUUCAGGGAAGAUGGCGCCCUUCCUGAGGUCCCCAGGUGUACGGCGGACAGCAACUGCUCCCUAAACUCCCUGAACUGCGCCGACCUCGGCGGCUGCCACAAGGAGCGAACCAUCGCUCACACGCCCCCCAACCAGGACGGCCGGGCCACGCCGUCCCCAGAGCACGUGUCGGCGCCAGACUGCGAGGACUCGAACCACUUCGACGGCGGCCACUUCUCCGCUCCCAGGGAGACGCGCAAAGCUUCGACUGUGACGGACAGCGGCGGCGGCGGAGGCGGCGCCCCCCUGGUUACAAACAAUGCUAGAAACACAAAAGAAACGGAGCAGGCAGACCAGAGCUUUAACUCUUUCCACUACUGGAGGGCGCCUUUACCCGACAUCAGCGACGAACUGGAGAUGCUGACUUGUGAGGCGCCGGAGAAGGAGGUAGACGAGGAGGAGGAGGAGGAGCCUGAAGAAAACGGACCAGAGUCUAAAUCCAGCCACGGCAAAGCCACCAGCGAUCAGAUCCAGAAGGUUCUGGACUGUUUGCAGCCUCACAUCGCCGAUCCUGAUGUACAGGUUCAAGUUCAAGUAUUGUCGGCAGCCCUGAAGGCCGCGCAGCUAGACAGCCCGACAGACAGCAGUCCGCCGGAACCGCAGCCGGAGGCGCCGCUAGAAACGAACGCCGAGAGCCCAACGCCGCCGCCGCAGGAGGAGGAGAAUAGAUCCGCGGAGGUUCACCCCGACGAGACGGAGGACGCCUGCACAGCUGAGGAGGAGACGGUGGAAACUCCUCCAGCUGCCUCAGAGCCAGGCCCGGUCCAAGAGCACGAAGACGAGCAGACACAGACCGAGCCCCAGGAGGAAGAGGAGGAGGAGGAAGAAGAGGAUGAGGAGGAGGAAUCUUCUCAUAGCUCUCCUGUUCCGGAGUCUGAGUUAAUCGAAAGCGUGGAGGAGGAGGAGAAGGACGACUGUCCUCACAGCCCAGCGUCCGAGGACAAGCCAAAAAUCCAGAACGUCAUCCCGCAGCAGCUGCUGGAUCAGUACCUCUCCAUGACGGACCCGGCCCGGGCGCAGACGGUGGACACGGAGAUCGCCAAGCACUGUGCCUUCAGCCUGCCCGGCGUGGCGCUCACUCUGGGCCGGCAGAACUGGCACUGCCUCAAGGACACGUACGAAACGCUCGCCAGCGACGUGCAGUGGAAGGUGCGGCGUACUUUGGCGUUCUCCAUCCACGAGCUGGCGGUCAUUCUCGGGGAUCAGCUGACGGCGGCCGACCUGGUGCCCAUCUUCAACGGUUUCCUCAAAGACCUGGACGAGGUUCGCAUCGGCGUGCUCAAACACCUGUAUGACUUUCUGAAGCUGCUGCACGCGGACAAGAGGAGGGAGUAUCUGUACCAGCUGCAGGAGUUCAUGGUGACGGACAACAGCCGCAACUGGAGGUUCAGAUAUGAGCUGGCAGAGCAGCUGAUCCUGAUCAUAGAGCUGUACAGCCACUACGACGUCUACGACUACCUCAGGCAGAUAGCGCUGACUCUUUGUUCUGACAAGGUGUCGGAGGUCCGGUGGAUCUCCUACAAGCUGGUAGUGGAGAUCCUCCAGAAACUGUACGCGUGCGGCGCCGACGACCUGGGUCUGAACUUCAUUAACGAACUCACCGUCAGGUUCUGCCACUGUCCCAAGUGGGUGGGGCGGCAGGCCUUCGCUUUCAUCUGCCAGGCCGUCGUGGAGGAGGACUGCAUGCCCAUGGAUCAGUUCAGCCAGCACCUGCUGCCCAGCCUGCUGGACCUCUCCUCUGACCCCGUGGCCAACGUCCGCGUCCUGGUGGCCAAGGCGUUACGGCAGAGCGUGAUGGAGAAAGCUUACUUUAAGGAACCAGGCUGUCCCUACGCCGACAAAUUGGAAGAGAAAGUGUUGGCUCUGCAGUCUGAUAAGGACCGGGACGUCCGGUUCUUCGCCAUCCUGGACCCCAACAAAGGCUUGAUGGACACGGAUCCUUUGAUCUAACCUAAACAUCCCCCCCCCCCCCCCCCCCCCCCACCUCCCUCCCUCCUCAACUGCAUCGUAGCCCACCUGCCUGUCUUACCUGUCUGCCUGACCGACGCACACUCUGCAUAACCUUGGACACCAGCACCCGCCCAGGAUCCCAAACCACUCGCCUGUUGGGCUCAUCUGACCACUUUCUGAAUCAGGGCCGACUUCAGAUGGAGUGGGGGGGGGGGUGAAGCUUGCUCAGACAUGGUGUCUCCGUUCGGGCCGCCCUAAGCGCACAUUAAAACGAAAACAAGCCUAUUUCUCAGAGCUCUCAUCCACACUAACAUCCACCUUUAAACCGACUAAUGAACUCAAGCCGGGGCCUAAACCUCUCCAAAGCGAUUUCUAAGCUUGCUCUGAUUCAAAUGCUUUUUUUUUUUUUUUUUUUUUUUUUAUGUUUUUUUUUUUUAUGUUUUUUUUUUUUUUUUCUCUUCUCACCUUCGGUUCUUCUCAACGUGUGGGUUUGUCGACAAACGAGCGGGCCGAGACCCGCCUGGCUCUGGGCACUAACUCAGGGGGACUUUUUGUGAACCUGAACAGCAUUAUGAAGCUUACAGGCUGGAGUCCUGACGGGGGGGGGGGGGGGGACCUCCAGGCGCCAAAACGAGCCGCCUCUCCUCCUAAAGCCCGUCCCGGACGUCCUCUGAGCGCUCGUCUCGCUCGUCACCUCUUCCUCUCUCUCUCUCUUUCUCUCUCACUUCACGGGUCUCAGAAACCACUAAGGCGGCGAUUCUGCCGCUCGGCACAGAGAAAACCUACCGGGUGUGUUCCGGAGAAGAAGCAAUCUCCACAGCGGCGAGGCGCGGUUCCUCUUCCCUCCGUUUGGACGCGAGGGGGACGUUCCCCCCCCCCCCCGUUUCUGACGUUCUCUGAAUGAUUCGGUGUCGGUGAAACCACAAUAAGGGCUCACGGUGAGGAAGAGGAAGGAAGCCAGCACGCCGUUGGGUAGCGCUCGGUCGCUCUGUGUGAAAAUGUGUCUGUGUGUGUGUGGGGGGGGGCUGGAAGAAGCCCGAUCACGUGUCCUCCGCUUCGGUGGGACGCUUCAGUUUCAGGUUUCUGAGUUUUUUCUGUACAGUUCAAAAAAGAAAAAAAGUGUUGUUAACGGAACCAAGGCCAGUUUAGCCGAGACGUGUGAAUAUUGGGAGCAGUCACCAAGUCACCUUCCUCUUUUUUUUUUUUUUUUUUUUUUUUUUUUUUAGGCAAUCCCUUGUUGUAAAUUGUUCCUCCUCUCCAUUUUUUUUUUCUUGAAUGAGCUUAAUUGGCGAACUCGAGCUGAUGGUGGUUUGUGCUGUGCAUCUGGGGUCUUUCUUCCUCUGAAAGGAGAGCUCGCCGCAGUAAUGGCGGCGUCGACUCAUCUCGUCUGUGUCCCCAUCUCAUUUUUUUUUUUUUUUUUUUAAUGUAGUAGAACAGUUAAUAUAUACAUUUUAUGAGAUUUAUUUUUCUUUUUCAAUUAUGCACCAACAGUUCAAAGAUUUUAUAUCCUAACUUUACAAGAUUUACAACCUUUGUAAUAUUCAAUGGUUUCUUUUAAAAAGACAUUUUAUGUAAUGUUAUUUUUAGUAUUCUGUAAUUAAAAAGAUGGAAAAAUA